UUUUUUUUUUUUUUUUUUUGUAGCUUUAAUAAUGUAGCUUUAGCUUAUGUAAUGUAUUGGAAACUUUCCAGUUUCCCCUAUGGUUAGUGCAUUUUGUUCGCUUUCUCAGCACUCUUCCUCUGUUGAAACGAAGAAAAAAAAAAAAAAUCAACAUUCUCUUAGAGUUUGGACUGAAGCAGAGAUGGGCGGUGUUAACGUCUUACCACUGAGACAGAGAUUCUUAUUUUCACAUUACAUGAGCGCAUCAGAAUGAAAACAUUGCUCAUUAGUUACUCACGCAAUGUUCUAGUGAUGUAAGGAACCUGACUCAAGCGGCCAACCAACGUGUCAGCAAUGGAGAACAUUUUUCGCCAAAAUGAACCAACAAAAUGAAGAUGAAGUCACACAGUCCUGGGAAAUCGGUUCUUUGGACUCGUAUGAAGAGUUGCCGGUGUUUUCAAACUCUUCCGAGUUAAAUGGCACAGGACUCGAGCCUCUCCACCUGUCCCGUGCCGUCCCCCUCGGCUUGGCUUUGGGGACUUUCAUCGUGUUCGCGGUGGCUGGAAACAUCCUGGUGAUACUUUCAGUGGUGUGCAAUAAGCACCUGCGAACUCCAACUAAUUAUUUCAUCGUAAAUCUCGCUAUUGCUGACCUACUCCUGGGCACAACCGUGUUACCCGUAUCAGCCACCUUGGAAAUAUUGGGUUACUGGGUGUUCGGGAGGAUUUUCUGUGAUGUUUGGGCAGCUGUGGAUGUGUUAUGUUGCACAGCAUCCAUCAUGAGUCUGUGCGUAAUCUCCAUUGACCGUUAUAUCGGAGUGAGCCAUCCGUUGCAAUACCCCAAUAUUGUGACGGGACGUAGAGCUUUGCUGGCCAUGCUUGGAGUUUGGGUCCUUUCUUUGGUCAUCUCCAUCGGACCUCUGCUGGGAUGGAAGGAGCCUCCGUCACCGGACGACACGCUGUGCGCAAUAACCGAGGAACCCUUUUACGCGCUCUUCUCAUCGCUCGGCUCCUUUUAUAUUCCGUUAAUUGUUAUUCUAGUCAUGUACUGCCGUGUUUAUGUAGUGGCUAAACGGACAACGAAGAAUCUAGAAGCUGGUGUGAAGACGGAAACGAUGAAUUCGGGUGAAAUAACGCUGAGGAUUCACAGGGGUUCACAGGUGCACGAGGACACCGGCGCUGCAGCCAGAAGUCGCGCUCAUCAGGCGAGGAAUUCCCUGACGGUCAAACUCCUGAAGUUUUCCAGGGAAAAGAAAGCAGCUAAGACCUUGGGGGUUGUGGUUGGCAUGUUUACGCUGUGCUGGUUUCCAUUCUUCUUCACUUUACCAAUUGUCGCAUUCAACGUCAGCCUGCGGCCCCCUGACACAAUCUUCAAAAUCAUCUUCUGGCUUGGUUACUUCAACAGCUGCCUGAAUCCAAUCAUCUAUCCCUGCUACAGCCGGGAGUUCAAGCUAGCUUUCAUUCGCAUCCUGAAAUGCAGAUGUCACCGCAGGAGACGGCCAGGUUGGAGAGCGUACAACUACCAGGGCUCGCACAUUAACUCCUUCUACUCACGACAGGAUUCAAGGGACUCUGUGAAUUAUGGUAGUUACCUAAAUGGGAGCCAGAGAACCCUGUCCUCUGCCAGCCCCAGCCCUAGUUAUCAUACCAAAGGCCUAUCACAUUUCCAGGAGGAUGGACCCAGACAUGCCCGGAGCAGGACCCCUUCGGUGUUAUCUGAAAGUACUUUGGAUCAUCAUCUUGAGCCUGUGGAGGAACAUCCAACCCAGUCUGUAGGCCAUCCAGGUCAAGCUGGUAUCGGAAAUUGGACUCAAGAGCAAUUGAAAGAUUAAGGAUGUCAAACAUUUCGUGGCACUUUUUUUUUUUUUUUAAAUGCCCUAAGUAUUUCUCUGGUCAUGAAUAACUAGAAAGAAAUCAUUCAUAUUUCUUUCUAAACUAUUUAAAUCUGACAUACAACCCCAUUUCCAGAAAAGUUGCAACAUUUUGUAAAAUGCAAUGAAAUCAAGAAUCUCUUGAUUCUCUUUAACCUUUAUUUCACAGACAAAAGUACAAAGAAAAGAUUUGCAAUGCUACAAAAUGUUCCCCAUCUGGAAAUGGGGUUGUACAACCUGGCGCUAAUGUACAGCACAGUGUGAAUACUCUGGUAUUCUUUAACAAACACAACAUUAAAUCAGUUUUGCUUAA